AAAUCCCAGCGGGCUGUGCGGGUCCCGCGCAUGCGCGCCGCUCACCCCGAGCUCGUCUAUUAUGCUGCUGCCCUGGUGAAGGGAAAAAAGAGGAGACCGAGGAGGAGGCGCCGGAGGGACCGUGCGGCCAGCGCUGCGGAGCGGCCGGGGGACAAGUAAUCCGCCACCCUCUCCCCUCUAUCCCUGUUAUUGUGGAAAGGACCCUGUUGUGGUGUUUCUGAAGAAGCAGUCCUGCGUCUGGUGAGGAAAUCCGAUUGCUGUGUGACAAGAUUCCUGUGUUGGGAAUGAUCUCCAGAUCCAAGAUGGCCGACUCCUGACUACAGCACCAGAGCGUUUUAUGGUCGGACCCCUGAAAUGGGAUGUCCUUCCCUGGUGGGGGCCAUAAAGGAAAAGAUUGUGUUGCAGAGCUGCCGUGAACGGAAGUGACCCAGAGACACGCGAUAUGUCUGCUGCGACCGCCGCUGCCCAGGCCCCCCAAGGGCCGGUGAACCUGCCCCCUCCAGAAGUCACAAACUCCAACAAGCCAGGCCGGAAGACCAACCAGCUGCAGUACAUGCAGAAUGUGGUGGUGAAGACUCUUUGGAAGCACCAGUUCGCCUGGCCUUUCUACGUACCUGUGGACUGCAUCAAGCUCAACCUACCUGACUAUCACAAGAUAAUUAAGAAUCCAAUGGAUAUGGGGACAAUUAAAAAGAGACUUGAAAAUAACUAUUAUUGGAGUGCGAAUGAAUGCAUGCAAGACUUCAACACCAUGUUUACAAACUGUUACAUCUACAACAAGGGGACACUGGAGGAUGUACAUUUGGGUAUAGACGGGGUGAUAAGAGAUUUGUCCACAGAUGACAUCGUUUUAAUGGCCCAAGCGUUGGAAAAGAUUUUCCUGCAGAAAGUAGCACAGAUGCCCCAGGAGGAAGUAGAGUUAUUGCCCCCUGUCCCUAAAGGCAAAGGGAAGAAACCAACUCCACCGGCGGCGCAGACCCCAGUCAUUGCAGAACCUGAGCCUCCCGUGGAGAAACCACCUCCACCGCCAUCUCCCAAACCUGUAGUUGUGGAUCGCACUUCCCCAAAAUCCACCGUAGUGGAACGUAGUCCCCCCAAGCCUGUCGUAGUGGAGCGCAGUUCCGGAAGAAGAUCUGAGCCACCUGUGGAGAGGCGUCGGGAGCGAUAUAAAGCCGCAAGCCAAGCAGCCGCCAUGUCCACCGUCAGCCCAACAGUCCAACUAACCAACAUUGCUCCUCUAGUAUCCCAGACGCCGGUCAUCGCCGCCACUCCUGUGCCAACUAUAACGGCAAACGUCGCCCUACCAGCUGCCACCACGGCACCGCAGCCUCCCCCUGCCGCCCCAGUUUCAGUCGCACCAGUGGUUCCACCAGCAGCCCCGGUUAUUAAGCAGAAAAAAGGGGUAAAGAGAAAAGCAGACACCACAACGCCCACCACAUCUGCCAUAACUGCCAGCCGCAGCGAGUCGCCGGUACCGGUCAUAGAGCCCAAGCAAGCAAAAGUGUCGAACAGGAGAGAGAGCACGGGCCGCCCCAUCAAGCCGCCAAAGAAGGACUUGGAAGAUGGGGAGAUUCCUCAGCACGCUGGGAAGAAAGGCAAAUUGACUGAGCACCUUAAAUACUGUGAUAGCAUCCUGAAGGAGAUGCUCUCCAAGAAACAUGCGGCUUACGCGUGGCCAUUCUACAAACCGGUGGACGCUGAGGCCUUGGAACUGCACGACUAUCAUGACAUUAUCAAGCAUCCUAUGGACCUCAGCACUGUUAAAAAAAAAAUGGAUGGGCGCGAUUACCCGGAUGCUCAGGCUUUCGCGGCAGACAUACGGUUAAUGUUCUCAAACUGUUACAAGUACAACCCACCUGACCACGAGGUGGUCGCAAUGGCCAGGAAACUCCAGGAUGUUUUUGAGAUGAGGUUUGCGAAGAUGCCAGAUGAGCCGCCGGAGGCCCCCGCACCACCUCCAGCGGCAGCUCCGGUGGUCAGCAAAAGCAUGGAGAGCAGCCACACCAGCGAGGAGAGCUCCUCCCAGUCGGACAGUUCGGAUUCUGAAGAGGAGAGGGCCACGCGGCUGGCCGAACUGCAGGAGCAGCUGAAAGCCGUACACGAGCAGCUGGCUGCGUUAUCCCAGGCCCCGGUCAAUAAACCAAAGAAAAAACGCGAGAAGAAGGAGAAAGAGAAGAAGAAAAAGGAGAAAGAGAAGGAGAAAGACAAGCACAAGGUGAAAACGGAAGAGGAGAAAAAAAUCAAGCCAGCGCAACCGGCCAAGCUCGUCCCUCCGAAGAAAGCACCGGCAAAGAAAGCAAACAGCACGGCGACUACCACUGCGUCCAGUACCGCCACCCCAGCCCCAAAUAGCAAGCAACCGAAAAAAGGAGGAAAACAGCCUCCAACUGCAAACUUCGACUCCGACGAGGAAGAGGAAGGUCUUCCCAUGACCUACGACGAGAAGAGGCAGCUAAGCCUGGACAUUAACCGGCUCCCCGGCGAGAAGCUGGGCCGCGUCGUUCACAUCAUACAAUCCCGAGAACCUUCCCUAAGAGACUCCAACCCCGACGAGAUAGAAAUUGAUUUUGAGACCUUGAAACCCACCACUUUGCGGGAACUGGAGCGAUACGUCAAGUCGUGUUUGCAGAAAAAGCAAAGGAAGCCUUUCUCAGCCUCGGGGAAGAAGCAAGCCGUAAAGUCCAAGGAGGAGUUGGCUCAGGAAAAGAAAAAGGAGCUGGAGAAGAGACUCCAGGAUGUGAGCGGCCAAUUAAAUAACAAGAAACCCGCAAAAAAAGAGAAGUCUGGCGCAGCGGGAGCCGGCGGCCCAUCGCGGCUGAGCAGCAGUAGCAGUUCCUCGGAAUCCGGAAGCAGCAGUUCCAGCGGCUCGAGCUCUGAUAGCAGUGACUCGGAGUAAACUCCUGCCCCUGGAAUCACGAAUUAUCGCCCCUUCCUCCCCCUCUCCCCCCAGUGUUCCUGUCUGAGGCUUAUGUAAACACUUUGGUGUGCUGUUUUAAGAAGAAAAAAAACAAAAAACACAAAAACUAAAUAUAUAUACAAAACAAACCCUCAAAACAUCAACCAACAAACUAAUUUUAUUUUUUAAAGACGACGAAGCAGCGAAUUCUCCCUUUUUGGCAAAGAGGUGACAGCAAUAACCCAGCAGGCGGAAGGCCCUAUUGCCUUCAUUGAAUUUUAUGAAGGUUUUAAUUGCGUUUUUAACCCCUCCUUCCCCUCUGUUUGGCCUGAAUGGUAUCUCUUCGAGAGGGGAAGGUGGGAAGGGACGACUUUUACUAUGAAGGAGACACAGACGGAAUCCAGCUCCCAGUUAAUCAUCCCUCCUACAAACACCGAUUGUCCUGUUUGAUAUGGUACUUUAUCUCUACAGACUGUCCGCCUUGUAAUUAGUGCGUGCCCUCAUCCAUAGCACCUACAUAUACUAACCAUACGUUUACAGCUUCAGCCCUCUGCCAGUCCUCUUGGGGUCUCUCUGGAUAAAGUGUGCACAGGACACUCGUAGGCUGUAGCUGAUACAUGGGGGAGUGAUCUAUAUUGCGGACGAGAUAUAGGUGUUUUUUUUUUUGUUUUUUUUCCUGGAUGGGUCAUUUUGUUUUAUUUUUUCUUUUGAUUUGAGAACAAAAUAGAGUAAAACCGCAUUAUUUUUCAGGCCGUUGCUACGUCGAGCAUCAGAUGGAUGCACCAACUCCCCCGGCUCCACAUUCCAAUAGAUUCUGUUUUUUCAGUUAUUGUCAUGUACAUAGAAACACGUUAUUUAUUAACCAUUUGACUUCCUGCUGUGCAUUUUUUUUUUUUUUAUACCGUAUAUUAUAUACUACAACAGGAAACCAUACAGUGAAAGCUCUUGGGAAUGGAAAGGAACUAUAAUGUCCGUGUUUACCUUCCGAUGACGAGUGCGGUUUGCAUUUGAGACGUUCCUUCAUUGGAAAAAUAAUCUUUGACAAUCUGUCUCCACGUAAAGAAUUUAUAGGGGUUUGUUUUUUGUUUUUUUUCCCGCCUUUCUCACGUCAGAGUUUUUGUAUCUGUUUUUGAAUUUAAAAAAAAUCUGUGUGUCUCAAUGCCGGCGGUAAACAGGAGCGCCAUUUUUCAGUUGCAGAAUUUGAGUUGAGGGUCGCGGAAGCGGUUUUAUAGCCUGCUGCAUGAGCGUAUUCACCGAUGCCUCGCUGCUCGUGCCAGAGGGUUGUCGCUUCGCUAGACUUGCAUGGAAUUCUAGGGACUCUUAGUACCGUUUGGGUUUUGUUUUUAUCAUUUUUAUUCCUCUUACUCUACUUUUUAUUUUGGAGCAUCCAAUAGAACAUUUUAAUCUUUUGUAGAAAGCCCUGUAGUGGACCAUUAAAGCCACAUGUACAAGGAUUUCCAACCAUUAAGGACCUUUUGUGUUUAAACACCCUAUGCCAGUCUAAAUUUGCGCAAUGUUAUUUUAUUUUUCAAAAACUGUGGAUGGAUGAAGAUGUCGCUUGUGGCCCAACUGUCACUCUUCGUCUCAUCCCUUCGUGCGUCAUCUCGAUGCUAUUUUUUUUGUUGUCUCUUCCUGUACAGUUUUAUGCAGAGACUUGUAGCUCUUGAUCCCUCGGCUGCAAUAUACUUUAUAAAUAUAUAAAUAUAUACAAUUCCCCCCCCCCCCCCCCCACCGCAAAUCCUUUUAGAGAAGCUGAAAUAGUUGAAAUGCCAAUAUUAAUAUAAUCUCCGGAACACAAGCUGUACAGUGCUUUCUUGCAUUGUAAAGUGACACGCAGACUUUAGGAGAUGGUUCUGUUUCUUUAUUUCUAAAAGGCUACCCAAAAUAAAUGGCAGCUCCGAGGAUUUUAGCGUAAAAGACUGUUCGUAUUGGCAGACUUUAAAGGGUUUGUGGAAAAAAAUAAAAGUAGUUGUCUAUUUUUAAUUGUAAAAUGUGUACUUUUUUCUGUAUUUCAAUAUAAUAUUACUUGGUCUAUAUGUAGUCUUUAUAAGCCAGCGUUUUAAUAAAACUCAAACUAUAUAUUUUUUUUUAUUUUUUUUUACUUAGUAUCCUGUCUCCCCCGAUUCCACCCAUUGAAAUGUUUUUGGUAGGUGUGAUGUCAUUUUACCAUUUAGGGCUACAGAAGCGUAAAUGUGCCUAAUUAGGGGUUCGUCACAGAAGGCUGCAAAUUCUAGGGGAGGACCGUACAGUCGAUUUCUCCCGCGUCAAUGUUUAUGAUGGAAUGUUUUUGGUUUUCCUCACGCAGCUCCGUAAUUGCUACACCUGCUGAACAUAAUGGGGUUCAAGACCAAAUACGUUGCCCCCCUCAUACCACUACCUAGCGGCACAUACUACGCUGCUUUACUCAACUCCUAGCAUUGUAGCAAUUUUAAAAGAUAGCAUUUUUAUUUAACUGUUUUUUAAACUGUUUUGUAAGUUUUGGUUUUCUCCGCAAUAACCGGAUAUAUUUGUUCUGGGAGCUUUUAAUGUUGGCAAUGUCUAGAUUCGGCGAGCACUAGUGACGGGUAGAGCAAUAUGGCCCGUACAGAAGAACGAUUAUUUUGUUUCUGCUUUUAAACCAUGUUUAAAUUGGUAGGAUAGGGUUGUGCUGACAAGGGUGCCUUUUCCAUUGCGCUACGUCUGUUUAUUAGAUGUUAGAUUUUCUGUAAGGAGGAAUAAGGUGGUUGAUGAGAGCAGCAAUAAAGGUAACGGGGCUAAUUGCGUUUUUUGUCCAUGUUUGUUCUUGAAUUUCCACCGGUUUGAAAUAGUUAUGUUUUGGGGAUUCCCUAGCCUUGUCCGGGGGGUGUUAGUGUACAAGGCUGAAUACACGGCGUAUGUAUUAUAUACCGAGAGCUAAGAUCCGCACGUGUGUACGUGCCUCUAGUGACCGAAUCAUGUGAAUGUACUUAUUUUAUUUUACCACCUUGUUGCAUUUUGGAGUCUUUCCCGUAAUCAUCCGGCUAGUGCUUAAUUCUUAUUACUGGAAAAUCUGAGAACCCACAAAGCUAAUUUAAGAAUUGAUAUCCCAACAAAAUACUGUGUCAUGAGCGGAUUAUAUACCAUUACCAGGAGGUUAGACCUUCAUAUGUUGUUCUAAGUGAUCCUAAGAUGUCAUGGUUACUUUGGGCUGACACUGAAAACCAAACCCUGAAGCUGGCCGUCUACCCAUGUGGGUACGGUUGGCACAGCUACUCUGAGUCUGACUCCUAACUGUACCCAGCAUCUCUUAAUGUUUAUAUUCCUGCAUUUACUGUUUGCUCUUCUUUCUCCAUGUCUGGUAAAUAACCCCCAACCCGCUCAUAGAUUUCACUUUUAUUAAAGAAAUAUCCCUUUAGUAAACUAACCGUAAAGUACUUUGUAAUUGGCUAAUAAAAACACGUUGUAGUCAUUUGUACGAUCGGCCAUCUUUACGUGUAAGUUAUAUGUAAUAUUUAUUCGGAAGGACGUGUAUUAUCUGCGCAGUUACUUCUAUACCGAGCUACAUCGGGAAGAGAAAGAUGACCGGGUUCUAGUUUGUCUUGUGAACAAUGUUCAGUCCAGGAAUCUCGCACAAGACAUUACGUGUAGUCUUACGUGUAUUAUUCUAAGCUCCUAUUUCUCAGCCUCGAGUUUAGCCUGAUGCAGACAGACCCCCCCCCCAUGGUGCGGUUAUUAUCACACCCUAUCCUCCAGCCACCACCCGUAACCAUCGGGAAGCUCCGAUAAUGUAUCCUGCUCUCUGUAAAUGUUACCUGUAUAUAACAGCCGCUAGUGUAUGUACACGAUUGGCUUUUCUGUAUCCCGUUGUUGCAAACUGGGGGACUUUGAAAGCCGCUUUAGAACUUCAAGCCCCAGGGCAUGCUGGAAGUUGUAGUCUCACAGCAGCUGGAGCACCAUGGAAAGCCUGAAGAAGUGACAGGGUAGGAUCUGUUUAAUAUUGACCAGUCUAAUGUAAUCUUUCUCUCCUUAAUAUAUUUAGGGGUCAGUGUAGUGGGGACGCGGCAGCAUUUGGCCUGUUUCUGAGCAACUAAACGUAUUAGGGCAAAGGCUGUCUGUUGCUCGCUUUCCAAAUUUCAAGGACACGCAGCACAAGAAUCAUGUGCCCAGAAACAUCUGGUGUGAUGGAUAACCAGAUCACAUUAUGGGGGUCUGUGCCCCCCAUUAUAAGGGAUCACAUCUUACCAGUAACCAUGUCUAGCCAGCACCAAGGCCGCGUGUCUGUACUAUGCGAUGGUUACGCCUUGUUGUACUCUAGUAACGACCAGCAGCGGGAAAGGGGUGCGGUUAUCUCACCCAGUCUUUGCCGUACAGAGGCGGGUGAGAGCGCGUCCUGCAUUUGUAGCCUGUGCUGAUAGUGUACAAUACAUGGGAACAAGCAGUCUCUCUUCCAUAUUUCCCAUGCCGUUCUCUAUAAAUCGUCUCUGUAGCUUUGCCGCAAACACGGGAAUAACCGAAGGUUUUCAAUCUACAAACCCGAAUAAAGAAGAAAUAAUAGUACGAGACAAGUUUAGAGGUCCAGGGGUAAACUUUGUUUUUUACACCAAUAUGGGGGUGAUAGAGCCCUCAGUAUAGGUAAAAUCUAUGUCCUUUACACCCACUUUUUAAUGUAAUGUGUGCAAAACUUCCAACUGUGUGGGUUUAUUUUAGUACAAUGGUUUGAUAUCAAAAUAUAUUCUCCUGCGACGGGGUUUGUGGUAAAUCUGGAGAAAUGACCUGUAGAAGCUGUCUACUGCAGCGAUUUGUAUGCUGUUUGCUGUAAGGUGCACAUAUUACUACAUAGGAUUUUUUCUUUUCGAUUUUUGCAUUUUUGGGAAAUUUUAUAUAUAUUUUUUAUUUUUUUGCUUUUUCAUAUGCCACAAUGCUCCCCAUUUUAGGUAAUGUGCCGGUCGUCAGUCCGUCUAACCCUUCCCCUGCCAGUGUCCGCGUUGGCGGCGGAGGAGUUAAAUCGGCUGACGGAAGCGUACGUAGCCCCCUCUGCAAGUUGUCCGACUUUAGCUUUGCUCUAAAUACAUAACUUUUAUUUUCAUGAUGUGCAUGCAAGUUUCCUGUAACUUCUCCGAUCUUUUAGUGCUGUUUCUAGUAUAUUACUGUACAUGUCAGUUAUAUUGAUACCAAGUCAAUGUAAGUAGUUUUAGCUUGUUUAUUGCAAUGCUGGCCUCGAGACAACAUUAAAGCAAAGAAAAAUAUUAAAGGUAGAACGUACUCUUUGAUGUUCUGGUAAUCAUGAGCCCUUCUGGGCAUUUUUGUUUUUUCAUAAUAAACUAAAACAAAAUCUUA